AUGAACACGACCAAACUUGGCAUGAGAUUUCAAGGUAAGGUAGCCAUUGUCACAGCUUCCACCCAAGGAAUCGGCUUUAGCAUAGCCGAGAGGCUUGGCUUGGAGGGUGCAUCCGUUGUCAUUUCAUCUCGCAAACAGCAAAAUGUUGAUGUGGCUGCGGACAAGCUGAGGGCUAAAGGAAUUGAAGUAUUGGCGGUUGUUUGCCACGUUUCAAACGCACAACAUAGGAAGAAUUUGAUAGACAAAACUCUACAGAAGUAUGGAAAGAUAGAUGUUGUUGUGUCCAAUGCUGCCGUUAAUCCUUCUGUAGAUCCUAUUUUGCAAACACAAGAUUCGAUCAUUGACAAGAUGUGGGAGAUAAAUGUCAAAUCCACUAUACUUCUUCUGAAGGAUGCAGCUCCUCACUUGCCCAAGGGUUCUUCUGUAGUACUCAUUUCUUCUAUUGCUGGAUAUAACCCACCACGUACUAUGGCUAUGUAUGGAGUCACCAAAACAGCCGUUCUAGGACUUACCAAAGCCCUUGCUAGUGAAAUGGCUCCCAAUACUCGUGUAAAUUGUGUUGUUCCUGGUUUUGUGCCAACUCAUUUUACUGCAUUCUUUUCUACUAAUGAUGCUAUUAGGGAGGAUCUUGAAGGGAAGACAUUAAUUAGAAGGCUUGGUACAACUGAAGACAUGGCUGCUGCUACAGCGUUUUUGGCAUCUGAUGAUGCUUCUUAUAUAACAGGAGAAAAUGUAGUGGUUUCUGGGGGAAUGCCUUCUAGGCUGUAGCUUCCAAUUUCAUCUUCUAGUGGUGGGCCUAGUCCAAAAUAUCCUGCAAUGUUUGU